AUGCGAGGCCGAGACCUCGCCUACAUCUACACGCCCGAGAAGGAUUACGACAUCAUGAUGGUGAAUAUGGACAGCGAUCCGAUCGUGCCGGGCAGGCCAGAGUUCGAGUUGAUGAUCUCAAGCGACGUCGUGCCGGCUUCCAUGGUGGAUAUCGGGGCCUCGAUUGCAGUGGCAGGACGCGGAUGGCUUGACCGCGUCGAGGCAGAGCUCGCGAAGUAUGGUCUCGAGCCCAUCAAGAUGGAGGCCCACCAGAAGUUCAAGGGACUUGGCGGAGUACGACGUGAAUCAAAGCAGAAGUGGAUCAUCCCGGUCAGCAUCGGGAGGAAGCAUGUGCUGCAGGAGUACUUCGAGAUCCCUGGCGACAUGGUCAGCCUGACGAGCAGGAAGGACCUCGCCGAGUGGAAGACGGUCCUCUACAUGCGCGAGGGCGGCCAGUGGGCGGACUUCCAGGAGCUCGGGGUGCAUGGCAAGGAGCUGGCGAAGCUACCUGGUGGACAUGCAGGCCUCGACCUCUUCGACUACGACCUCGAGGCGUACGAGACGGAGCCCCUCUUCGAGAGGUUCUGCGUGGGCGAGACGCAGCUCGAGCCGGGCGCGUUCUUGGUCGCGGAGACGCUGCAGGAGUUCGAGCCGGGCUUCCAGGUGAAGGAACACGCCGGCUCGUGGGUCGCAGAGGCUCUGACGAACGGCAGCAAGGGCAGAUCUAAGAAGGGCGCGCUCAAACGGAUCGACAAGCUAAUGAAGGAACAUUCGGUCAUUUUCGACGUACUGCGCGACAGCCAGGAGACCUCCGAGUUGUUUGCGAAGGAGGCUCGCUUUACUCGCGUAGCCUCGGAGGGUGGUCAUGCGAACGCGACCCCCUCAGAUUUGUCGGUCGGGGUUAACUUCGACGACCCCCAGACCCAAUCGGAUUUCCUGUUCCUGAUAAAGACCAUCGAGGCCUGGAUGGUCUCGGUCGCGUUCCCACGCGCACCUUUCUCGAACACGCAAGAGUUUCAGCGUGCUCAAGGCAUGGGCGACCGGGUGGACGAUCUAAUCGAGGAGUUCAGGCCGCUGGCUGAAGGCGGACGUAUCGGCAUCGGCGAGAGCCCUCUCACGAGCCGCGCUCGGAACGAGGAGCCGAUCAUGGAUUUGUUGCUUUGGCAAGGUGAGCGACCUCCAGUGUGCGAGAUGGUCACGCUACACCAGUGCAUGGCCACGCGCAUGUUGGUGCCCAACGGCUCAUGCUUCUCGUGGUGGCUCGACCGCACGUGUGACAAGAGCCACGAGCGCGCCGACACGGUCGGACGAGGCACUCUACUCUCGCGGGCCAGUGCCUGCCCGGGCGACCUGGGCAAUACCCUGGUGAGUGCUGGCGCGCGCGAGCUAGCGCGGCGCACCGACCUGAAGAAACUGGGUAUCGGAGACGGUGUGACGAAGGUCCCGGACCAGGAAACCAUGCGCACGGUGGCCAAGGAGUUGAAGCUAAGGAAGGACCUAAUCGACGUACGCGUGCUGAGGCAGAGCGAGGCUGUUCCCCUGCCUCGCGGAGCCGUGCGGCGCAUCUAUGCCAUGUUCACCGACAAGGGCGUGCUAGCCGACUUCUCCGACGCCUACGCGGACGACCCGAACUUCACUACGGCCGAGCUAUCCACGAGGUACCCUACCGACACGGUGGUCGCGAUCUACGCGAAGGAGCCGAAGUCCUACGGGGUGUCGCAGAAUGUGCUCGACGCGGUGGACAAGCUGGACUGCGUCGUGUGCAAGGAGCUCGGCAGGCCCAACACUAUGAGGUCGGCGAACCUGAAGCUCUCGACGGAGUUCAACGAGAGCGUGUUUCUGGACGAAACCGAAGCGAUGGAGGGCGACCAGAGGCAGUUGGCAGCGCAGAGCGCUGUCCUCUUCGAGGAGGGCCCCAGGAGGGCCGAGCAGAUUCGCGCUGCGGCGAACCGGGCAUGCUUCGAGCUGGACUGCGACGACGCCGUGAGAAGGGCCACGCUGGUAUUCUACUGGCGGGAGGUGAAGCACGCAAAGUCGAAGCGGCUCCAGGGCGAGCACGGGUGGCGCGGCCCGGCCAUUGUGCUGGCGGCCGAGGGCCGCGCCAGGCUGCGCUUCAGCUACCGUGGGGAGCCGGUGCUCAUGACGCCCGAGCAGGUGCGGCAUGCCCCUCGCGGUGCAGCUGAGAUGGUGGAAAACGAGGACCUCGUCAGGCAGCUGUCGCAGUGGCGCGGAGGGCGUGCCCUCCAGAUGUUCUUCGUGGACGAGCGCGGGCCUGGGCCUGACGGGAGUGGCGGCCGACGCACCAUGCGUCGCAAGAAGGACGACGGCGACUUAGACAACGAGAGCGCCACGGGCGACGCGCCGGUCCGAGGCUACCCCCAAGCGGGAGAAGCAGACUGA